CUACUGCCAUUGUAGAAGACGCUUAAUUCAUGUCACGUAUACCAUAGAAUUUCAGUAUUGGUAGUGAAUUUCGAAACGCAGCCCAAAUCUAACGCAACCUAACCUAACUUCAAGGAACCUAAUUUAACAACAUAUAGGCGUAUUGGUUCUUUGUUAUUAAAUUUGAAAAGAAAUUCAAUAUGAACCUGCGACCACCGAGGAAAAAGAAGAGAGUGAAGUUGAAGCCACAAAUACCAUUUCCUAUUCCUUUAAAUGGAACAGAGGAAUGGCCAGUGUACACAGCUCAUCUGACAGAUGUAGGCUCGUGUAUAAUUGAACCUGAAGAGAUUAAUGCAAUACAUUCUAUGGGUUUUUUUGGCAAGGGAUCAUUGUCACGUAGUUACCCUUCUUUUGGUAAAGCAAGAUAUGGAGCACCACCAGUUAUUCGGAAUAGACAAUGGCUUCGCAGGCAAGAAUGGCUAAAAGAAGUUAAAAAGUUAAACUCAGCUUCUGCUUCAAACUAUAAAGAUACUAAAAUGGCUACUGAAAGUGAAGAAGAAAACGCUAUGGAUAAUCAGAAAGAAAAUCUCGAUGAGGUUGUUGAAAUAUAUUCGAAUCCCACUAUAGACAAUGCAAGCGAGCAAAACGAAGUUGCUACAAAAGAUAUAGAAGUUAUACAUGAUGAAGUUGUACUUGAUUCUACAGAGGAAGACGACGUAUGCGUAAUCGUUAAUAGAGACUCUGACAAAUGUGAUGAUGUUAAAAACGUUCAUGAUAAUGAUAAUCAAGAUUGCCUAGAAGAGGAGAAAGACGUCGAGGAACUCUGUAAUUUAGACUAUUAUGACUUCAAAGGUACUGACGAACACGCGAAUGAUGAUAAUAAUCUUCAUGGAAAUGUGUUGGUUCUACCGGACAGCGACUCGGAGACGGAAAACUAUCUGCAGAAUAUCAAACCGAGAAUCGAGAACGAGGGUUUUCCCAUUCGCGAGGCUUUGCAUCUCACCUUUGAAGAAACCUUCUUUCUAAUGUUCGGAUUGGGCUGCUUGCAAGUGAUUCAUUUCGACGGCAGCUUAUUUGACAUCAAUAACGCUUGGUUAUACUUUUGCAAGGAGAAAACGGACUUCCUGCAGAAAUAUGUGGUCUACCAUUAUUACAGAAGUAAAGGAUGGGUAGUCAAACCCGGUAUAAAAUAUGGCGGCGAUUUUUUGCUUUAUAAAGAAGGACCACCCUUUUAUCAUGCUUCUUACAUCGUCAUAGUCGAAGUAGUGGACGCGGACUCAUUAAUUUUAGAUCCUACUGUGUCUACUCGAUCUGUUACGUGGACCAAUUUAUUUGGACUGGAAAGACUCUCCGAAUCUGCUGCAAAGGAAAUACUUUUUGCACAAGUUUUGUGGCCGUCAUCUGUAUCUCAGGAUAUCAGCAUGACCAGCCCCGAAAUACUCUCCGAAUUUACUGUAAGGGAAUUGUUGUGGCGUCGAUGGAAUCCGAAACAACAUCGGGAAGACAUUCCUACUGAAGAAGAAGAAGACGACUCCUGCUAAAGAAUUUUUUAUAAUUAUUUAUAAACGCGAGUAAUGUUGCAACAUUUUUUUAUAGUUCUAUUUUAUGUUAUAUAUCGAUUUAUACGUCAUUCACUAUGUUAAUUGAAAAGUAUAUGAAUAGGUUUUUAUAAAAACAUUGGUACAUAUUGAAGCAAAACACAUAGGUUAUUACAAUACUAUAUCGUGAAACAGUUGCUGCAAUAAUUGUGUAAUUUUGUAACUUAUAAUAGUCACAAUAAUCAUGGACUGCUAUAAUAA